AUCAUAUAAGGGCAACCUCUGUCUAACGAUAGUGUUGCUACAUGAUAGACUCUAGAGUCGGAUAAUUUCGUUUGCGUUCGACAAAAACUCAGCGAAAGUGACAAACCCCAGGUUAUCAUCGUCAACCUUAAGAACAAUAAUGAAAUCAUCAAGCGUCCCAUCAAUGCGGACAGUGCUAUCAUGCACUGGAACCGAACUAUCAUUGCUCUCAAAGCUCAGGGGCGGACAAUUCAGAUCUUCGACCUUUCGGCAAAACAGAAGCUCAAAUCAGCAGUGAUGAACGAAGAUGUCGUCUACUGGAAUUGGUUCAGCGAGAAAAGUCUGGGUCUGGUGACGGAAUCUUCCGUAUACCACUGGGAUGUCUUCGAUCCUACUCAGUCCCAACCGCUUAAGAUAUUCGAUCGGCACCCUAGUCUAAAUGGCUGCCAAAUUAUCAACUACCACGUCAACGAAGAAGAGAAGUGGAUGGUUGUAGUCGGAAUCAGCCAGCAACAGGGACGUGUUGUCGGGUCGAUGCAACUCUUCUCUAGAGAUCGCGGAAUUUCGCAACCCAUUGAAGGUCAUGCCGCGGCGUUUGCGUCUAUUCGAGUUGAGGGCUCUCCUUUGGAGCAUAAGCUUUUCACCUUUGCCGUUCGGACUGCAACCGGUGCGAAGCUGCAGAUCGCCGAAAUAGACCACCAAGAGCCUAACCCACGGUUUCAGAAGAAAGCUGUCGAGGUCUACUUUCCCCAAGAGGCGGUCAACGAUUUCCCGGUUGCAAUGCAGGUUUCCAAGAAGUACGACAUUGUAUACCUCGUCACGAAGUAUGGCUUUAUACAUCUAUAUGACCUUGAAACCGGUACUUGCAUUUUCAUGAAUCGCAUCUCCAGUGAGACUAUCUUCACUACGGCUUCCGACUCCGAACACGCUGGCUUGAUCGGCGUGAACCGCAAGGGUCAGGUCUUGGCCGUCAGUGUGGAUGAGAAUACUAUCAUCCCUUACCUCAUGGAGAACCCUGCUAUGUCAGGAAUUGCAGUGAGGCUGGCGUCCAAGGCAGGACUUCCUGGAGCGGACCACCUUUACCAACAGCAGUUUGAGAAUCUUCUUUUGCAAGGUAACUAUGCCGAAGCUGCGAAAGUGGCUGCAAACUCCCCCCGUGGAUUCCUCCGCACCCCAGACACAAUAAACCGCCUUAAGAAUGCCCCCCAGGUUCCCCAGCAGAUGUCCGUUAUUCUUCAGUACUUUGGAAUGCUGCUGGACAAGGGCUCUCUCAACAAGUACGAAAGUAUUGAGCUUGUAAGGCCGGUUUUGCAACAGAACAGGAAACAUCUGCUAGAGAAGUGGCUGCGAGAGGACAAGCUGGAAGCCUCUGAAGAACUUGGCGACAUUGUUCGGCCACACGACAUGGUCCUUGCUCUGAGUAUCUACCUGAAAGCCAAUGUCCCUCACAAAGUGGUAGCUGGGUUUGCCGAGACUGGUCAAUUCGAUAAGAUCCUUGCGUACUCUAAGCAAGUCGGAUAUCAGCCGGACUAUACCCAGCUUCUACAGCAUAUUGUCCGCGUUAACCCUGACAAGGGUGCUGAAUUUGCUUCUCAACUUGCUAACGAGGAGACUGGCGCCCUCAUUGACUUGGACCGGGUUGUGGACGUCUUUCUGUCUCAAAACAUGAUCCAGCAGGCUACCUCCUUCCUGCUCGAUGCGCUGAAGUCUAAUAGCCCCGAACAGGGUCAUUUGCAGACGAGACUGCUUGAGAUGAACCUGGUCAAUGCUCCACAGGUUGCUGAUGCCAUUCUUGGUAACGAGAUCUUCACUCACUAUGACCGCGCCAGGGUUUCUCAGCUAUGCGAGAACGCUGGCCUCAUCCAGCGUGCUCUUGAGAACACGGAUGACCCGGCGGUGAUCAAACGAAACAUUGUCCGCACCGACAAGUUGAACCCAGACUGGCUGAUAAAUUAUUUUGGCCGUCUCUCGGUUGAGCAGACUCUCGAUUGCUUGGAUACGAUGCUGCACGCAAACAUCCGGCAGACCCUACAAGCCGUCGUUCAGGUCGCCACGAAGUUCUCUGAUCUCCUUGGUCCCAACCGUCUAAUUGACCUCUUCGAGAAAUACCGUACCGCAGAGGGUCUUUACUACUACCUUGGAAGUAUUGUGAACUUAAGUGAGGACCCGGAGGUCCAUUUCAAGUAUAUCGAGGCUGCGACAGCCAUGGGACAAAUCACAGAAGUUGAGCGGAUUUGCCGUGAGAGCAACUACUACAACCCUGAGAAGGUGAAGAACUUCUUGAAGGAGGCCCGACUGACGGAACAACUCCCACUCAUCAUUGUGUGUGACCGCUUCAACUUCAUCCAUGACUUAGUUCUCUACCUCUACCACAACCAACAGUUUAAGUCCAUUGAGGUUUAUGUGCAGCGUGUCAACCCUUCUCGCGCCCCAGCAGUAGUCGGAGGUUUGUUGGAUGUCGACUGCGAUGAGAGUAUCAUCAAGAAUCUUCUUUCCACUAUUGACCCCGCCGUGAUCCCAAUCGACGAACUCGUUUCUGAAGUAGAAUCUCGGAACAGGUUGAAGUUACUCUUGCCGUUCCUUGAAGCGACACUCGCUACUGGUAACCAGCAGCAGGCUGUCUAUAACGCCCUUGCGAAGAUCUACAUCGACAGCAAUAAUGACCCUGAAAAGUUCCUGAAGGAGAACGAUCUGUACGACACUCUCACCAUCGGAAAGUACUGUGAGAAGCGUGACCCCAACUUGGCCUACAUUGCAUAUCGCAAAGGUCAAAAUGACCUGGAACUGAUCAAUAUCACCAAUGAAAACUCGAUGUACCGGGCUCAGGCGCGGUAUCUUGUUGAACGUGCCGAUCCUGAGAUCUGGUCUUUUGUUUUGAGCGAGAACAACAUCCACCGACGGUCUGUCGUUGACCAGGUAAUCGCGACCGCUGUUCCCGAGUCCACUGAACCCGACAAGGUGUCUGUUGCUGUCAAGGCUUUCCUCGACGCGGACCUUCCUGGAGAGCUUAUCGAGCUCCUAGAGAAGAUUAUCCUUGAACCAUCGCCGUUCAGCGACAACAGCAGCCUGCAGAACCUUUUGAUGUUGACGGCUGCCAAGGCCGACAAGGGACGCCUCAUGGGCUAUAUUCAACAACUCUCCGAGUUCAGCGCUGAUGAGAUUGCUGAAAUGUGUAUCUCUGUGGGGCUGUAUGAGGAGGCGUUUGAAAUUUAUAAAAAGGUCAACAACCACCUUGCUGCCGUCAAUGUCCUUGUUGAGAACAUCGUCAGUAUCGACCGAGCGCAGGAAUAUGCCGAGCGUGUCGAAUUGCCAGAGGUAUGGAGCAAGGUCGCUAAGGCACAGCUUGACGGUCUACGUGUCUCCGACUCAAUUGAGUCGUACAUCCGCGCUGGUGACCCUUCGAACUACAACGAAGUUAUUGAGACGGCGACCCAUGCUGGUAAGGAUGAGGACUUAGUCAAGUUCCUCAGAAUGGCUCGGAAAACAUUGCGUGAGCCGGCAAUCGACACUGCUCUUGCAUUCUGCUACGCACGUUUAGACCAACUUGUAGAGCUUGAGGACUUCUUACAUUCAACUAAUGUUGCCGAUAUCGAGGCUUCUGGUGACAAGGCUUACGAGGAAGGCUACCACCAGGCUGCCAAAAUCUUCUACAGUAGCAUCUCAAACUGGGCCAAAUUGGCAACAACGCUGGUGCACCUGGAGGACUACCAGGCAGCGGUGGAGUGUGCACGCAAAGCCAAUAGCGUCAAGGUCUGGAAGCAGGUCAAUGAGGCAUGUGUUGACAAGAAGGAAUUCCGUCUCGCACAGAUCUGUGGUCUCAACCUCAUCGUUCAUGCUGAGGAGCUUCAGGAUCUUGUACGCCAGUACGAGCGCAAUGGCUACUUCGAUGAGCUCAUCGGGGUUCUGGAGGCAGGUCUCGGUCUUGAGCGUGCUCACAUGGGGAUGUUUACUGAACUGGGCAUUGCCCUGUCUAAGUACCACCCGGAUAGAGUCAUGGAACAUCUCAAGCUAUUCUGGUCGCGUAUCAACAUUCCUAAGAUGAUUCGGGCAUGCGAGGAGGCAAACCUCUGGCCGGGGCUUGUCUUCUUGUAUUGUCACUACGAUGAGUGGGACAAUGCCGCGCUGGCAAUGAUGGAGCGUGCUGCGGAUGCUUGGGAGCAUCACUCGUUCAAGGAUAUUAUUGUCAAGGUUGCAAACCUAGAGAUUUAUUACCGCUCUCUGAACUUCUAUCUGCAGGAGCAGCCUCUCCUCCUUACGGAUCUCCUGCAGGUCUUGACCCCAAGGAUCGACGUCAACCGUGUCGUGCGGAUCUUCCAGUCGUCGGACAACAUCCCUUUGAUCAAGCCGUUCCUGUUGAACGUGCAGGGGCAGAAUAAGAGGGCAGUUAACGACGCGAUCAAUGACCUGCUCAUUGAGGAGGAGGACUACAAAACUCUGCGCGAUUCGGUAGAGAAUUACGACAACUACGACGCCAUUGAGCUGGCGCAGCGGCUCGAGAAGCAUGAGCUUAUCUUCUUCCGACAGGUCGCGGCGAACAUCUAUCGCAAGAACAAGCGAUGGGAGAAGUCGAUUUCGCUGUCAAAGCAGGACAAGCUCUACAAGGAUGCUAUCGAAACGGCGGCUAUCUCUGCCAAGUCUGAUGUGGUUGAGGACCUUCUCCGCUACUUCGUGGAUAUUGGCAGUCGGGAGUGCUAUGUUGGCAUGCUGUACGCAUGCUACGACCUUAUCCGACCGGACGUGAUCCUGGAAAUCUCGUGGCGACACGGGCUGCAUGACUUCACGAUGCCGUAUAUGAUCAACAUGCUGUGCGAGCAGACGCGAGCGAUCGAGAUGUUGAAGAAGGACAACGAGGAGCGCAAGGCGCGGGAAACGACCCAGAAGAAAGAGGAGGAUAACACUCCUAUCCUGGGCGGGUCACGCCUGAUGCUGACUCAGGGACCGGCGACCUCGCCCAGUCCAGUGCCAUUUGGACAGGCCAACGGGAUCGCGCCGCAAGUGACGGGCUUCCGUGCGUUCUAA